UCGGCAGGGCGCUGGGCGGGAGCGGGACGCGGAGUCGGCGCCAUGGCCGGGAUCCUCUUCGAGGACAUCUUCGACGUCAAGGACAUCGACCCCGAGGGCAAGAAGUUCGACCGUGUAUCCCGCCUGCACUGUGAGAGCGAGUCCUUCAAGAUGGACCUCAUCCUGGACGUGAACAUCCAGAUCUACCCCGUGGACCUGGGGGACAAAUUCCGCCUGGUCAUCGCCAGCACCUUGUAUGAAGAUGGCACUCUAGAUGAUGGCGAGUAUAACCCCACGGAUGACAGGCCAUCCAGGGCAGACCAGUUCGAGUAUGUGAUGUACGGCAAGGUGUACAGGAUUGAAGGGGAUGAAACCUCCACAGAGGCAGCCACACGCCUCUCUGCCUACGUGUCCUACGGGGGACUGCUCAUGCGGCUGCAGGGGGAUGCAAACAACCUGCAUGGCUUUGAAGUGGACUCUCGAGUUUACCUGCUGAUGAAGAAGCUGGCCUUCUAGGAGACCUCCUACCUCCAUGGGCUGCCCCAGAGACGUUCUGCUGGCGAGCAAACAGGAACUCUGCGACCCCAAAUUCUGCCCCAGCA